AUGGAUCCCAAUAUGAACAGUCUGCUGAAAUGGAGUAUCCAAAACUCCACCAACCCCCCAUCUUCAGACGCCAAUGCGUCCAAUAAUGUCUCUGAAGCUUCGCGCGGCCUCACCCCAGAAAUGAUCUCGACUCUAUUCGGUGGUCCCUCAAAUGCGGACCUCAUGAAGGCCGCUAUGGAAGCCUUGCAAUCCGAUGAUGUCGAUCUGGAGAACAAAAUGAUUGCAUUCGACAACUUUGAACAAUUGAUCGAAAACAUUGAUAAUGCCAACAACCUAGCGCCGUUGGGUCUUUGGACGCCGUUGGUAGAGCUACUUAAACAUGAAGAAGCCGACAUGAGACGGAUGGCGGCAUGGUGCAUUGGUACCGCCGUUCAGAACAAUGAAAAGGCACAGGAUAAGCUCCUUGUCUUAAAUGCCUUUCCCAUUCUCGUUUCCAUUUCGACCUCGGAUCCCACCCCCGCCACUCGGAAGAAGGCCGUCUACGCACUUUCCUCGGCCGUUCGCAACUACCAACCGGCUAUGGAUGAGAUGGUGAAGCACCUUCCCGAGGGGUAUCCCCGCGGUGAGAAAGUCGACGCCGGGGAUAUGGAAGCCGUGGAUGCGAUCAUGGACAGAUUGAGAGCCCACCCGAUCGAGUCGUCAGCGUGA